AUGGAGACGUCGUGGGAACAGGUCUCGCCGACCACCUUUCGCCAGAAGCGUGCCGUCAUCGAAGGCUUCUACAGCCGUAUCCGCGGCGCCAUCGGCCAGCCGUCAGAUUGGAUCCUCACGAGCACCGUGCGGUUUGCCAACCACAAUGGCCUCACCGCCGGCGAGACGACCGCCGCCCUGAAGAAGGCCUGGCUCCAAGCCCGCCGCGACGUGCCUCAGAUCGCAGCGACCCACGACGACGACGCGGCGACGAAGAUGAUUGAGCUCCCCGCCAAUGCCGCGGCCCUCACCGCCUGGCUCGACGAGACCUUCCUCAUCUGGCCCGACAAGACGGCAGACGACGUCUACCGCACAGCCGUCAACCGCCGCGUCGCAACCCUCAUCUACUGCCCCGCCGCCCGUGAGCUCACGCUGCAGAUCAACCACGCCUUCAUGGACGGCCGCGGCACGCUCCUCUUCUGGAACGCCUUUUUUGACGCUCUCGCCGACCCGCAGAACGUCAUCCUUUCAGCCGAGACGCUGCUGCCCAACCUGCCGCCGUCUCUUGACGCCCUGAUCGGUAUUCCCGAGACGGCAUCGGACGAGGCCAAGGCGGCCGUGCCCGAGGUCCUGGCCCGCGCGUCGACCGCCAGACCCAUCAAGACGCCGGUUGCCGAUUUGACGAGACCGCCCGCCGGCUUUGGGCGUCGCGCACUGCGCCUCAGCAAAGCCGAGAGCAGCGCCGUCUUCGCGGCGUGCAGGGCGAGAAAUGUCACCGUCACGGCGGCGCUGCAGAUUGCGGCGGGCAUCGCCGUGCAGGAGGUGCAGCGCGAGGUUGAGGGCACGGCCGGGGACACCUGGGCCGGGCUCGCCAACUUUGACUGCCGGCGGUACUUCCCCGACGAGUUCGCUGCCGCCAGGGCCAUGGCGGCCUGCUACUUCGUCGUCAUGCCGUACACGGUUUCUCUGAGCGAGGAAACCUUUGACGUGGCAGCGAAGGAGCUGUCGGAUCGGUAUAGGGGCGGGAUCAAGCACCGAGACGCCGAGAACGUGUUGGAGGCCCUGCCAGCAUCGACCGACGUCUUUGUCGAGGCAGCGCUCGCGGGUGUGAGUUCGGGCAACGCGCCAUGGUACACGGCGUUGGGCAUCGUGGAUGACUACAUCAAGGUGCGGCAUGGCGAUUGGGAGGUGGAGGACUUCAAGAUCGCAAACACGCUGCAGGGUCCAAUGGUGCAGUUCCUCAUGUGGACGUUCAGGGGCGAGCUGGUGUUGCACGGCGCGUACAAUGAAGCGUACUACGAGCCUGCGUACGUCGAUGACCUGCUGGCGAGGAGCGUCGCUGCCCUGCGACGAGCGCUUGGGGUCACCGAUGGCGAGACCAGCUCAUCCGGUGAUGGUCCCGACCAGGGUGCCAACGUGUUGGCAGCUUAG